AUGCUGACGCCCGAAUUCUUCGAAGUUUGUCUGCACUUUUUGAACGAAGGUGUCGUCUUCGCAACAAGACCCACUGGCACGAGCAGAUCGGACCGGCCAGCAUCAACCAUUCCGAUUGCAAAACACCGUCGCUCCGUACACAAGAACUCCGCUCCGUGGAAUGAGACUGACGACGACCGCAGGGAGCCGGAGCCGGUCUGCCGGAAACUCUCCUCUACAGGUCUGACCCGGCAGCAAUGCCGGUGA